AUGGAUAAAUAAUAAGAAUGUAAUUUUAAAGGUAUUUAUGCAUCUAGAGAAAAAUUAUAAGAGAAGCCUAAAUAUUCUAACUUACUCAAAAAUUUAGAAUAAAAAUAAGUUUUUAGUUGGGAAAAACAAUAUGGAGAAAACAUUUAAAAAAUGGAAAAUGGGUAGCAUUCUGGAACGCUUAAAGUUUGA